AGUUAGUACAAUUUUGUUAUUCAGUUAAUUCUUUUAUAAAACAUCUCUACUAGUAAUAUGUAAUAUAAUUAUAAUUGUCAAAGUGUUUGUGACGUUGUCCGAAAUGCGAAAAUGCGGAGUUUUCACUUGGGGAUAGUUCGUGGUUUCCGUUUGCGAACGCAGAAUUAUGAACGGUCAACAACUUACUGCACAAAAAGGCUACAUGGUAUAUUUAACACGAGAAAAAUCAUCUCCUCGAAACUACGAUUCCUGGCUGUGCGGAGGAGCAAUUGUGAGUAGCUGGUAUAUCCUGACCUCCGCGGCUUGCGUCGAAGAUGUACAGAACAUGUACGCGGUUGCCGGCUACGACAAAUAUGUCAAAGAAUCCGAUCUAGACACCAAUCCGUGUACGAAACACAUGAAAAGAAGAAUUGUUUAUACUUGCCUACCUGAAGCCUAUGGAUUAGUUUUCGAUAAACUAGAACAAUGGUCUAAGCUCGACAUAGCACUGGUGAAAGUUGAUCAGAAGUACAAAUUCAAGGACAGGUCUUACAUUCAGUAUUGUGCAUACUUACCAAAUAAAAUUAAUGUCAAUUUCGAUAUUAAGUACGAAGAAGCUGGAAGAAAGGCCAUUAUGCUGGGUUGGGGGCACUCACUUAAAUGGCGAGAGAUUGAUGAUAAAACCGAUUACAACCAGAAUACACUCCGUUACGCAUCGACUACGAUUUUUUCUAAGCAUGAUUGUAAACAAUACUUCGACAAACCUGACCUAAGUGAUCUUAUAGAUAAUUUCAUGAUAUGUACUUACAAGCCAGGGAAUAUCGAUGACAAAGGCCAAGUCAAGCGUAACCGACGAAAACUUAAUUUAAACGAAACAUUUGGAACUUCAGAUGUUCGGGAUGGAUGCGGACUGCCCAAGAUCGGGAUGGUUGGCGUUCUAUGGGGGAGGCUUUCGUCCAGCAGUGGAUGGCAAAAGGCUGAAAAUAAUAAUAAUAAUUUAAAGGGUGCUGUCGAAAAAAUCGGGACAAAUGUAUCUCAAUGUCAUGAUGAAAAACCUUCAAGCUUAAGAAUGUUUAACGUGACUCGAAGACAAGGAAUAUGCCAGAACGACCACGGUGGUCCUCUCGUAAGUUGGGUGGAGGGCGCUGAGUACGUCAUCGGCGUAGCCUCUGUGUUCAGAAUAAAUAGCAAGUCGGAGUGCAUGGGCCCUAAUCUCUUCACGAGUACCGCUCGCAACAAGAUCUUUAUUGAUUGCGUUCUUAAUGAGAAAAAUAUUUUAAGAAGAAAUUCGAUAUGUGAUAAGCCAGCCAGCGAGAAGGGCUUUAAUAUGAUAGAACGAAACGUAUCUUGGAUUGACCAUCUUGACGGCUCUGAUGAAAAUGAAAGGAUACAUAAAAGGCCUCAGAUACCAAUCAGUAAUUAUAGAGGGUAAGAAUAUUAAUAAUAAAAACUAAUAAUA